AUGUCAAUUGCAGAUUUUGCCGAGAAAAUUUAUGUCGAACUCGACAAGAUGGGAUUGCAUUCAUCAAGCAUCAGAGUAGACAUAUCUGAAAUUAUUGAUUUUGCUUUUAGAAUGCAAGUAUGCGAUAUUGUUCCUAAAAAUUUAGUAUGAGAAAGAAGAUAUUGAAACAAAGCUCUAAACAGAAAUUGAUAGACUGGUAAUUCAAUUAUCAUAAAAAUAAAAAUGUUUAUUACAUUAAACAAGUAUUUAGUUAAAUUUACAGAAGAAUAGGUGAUCUUUGAUUUUGAGAAGAUAGAACUCCUCCUUUAUGAAAAAAAUGAAUACAAAAUGUUGCAUGAUUGUAUUGAUUUCAUUAAAGCAUGCAAAUUGAACAUUUAAAAACGUAAUAUCCAGAAUUGGGAUUCAGAAUAAAAAUCAGAUGAUGGUACAUCUUCUAUGAUAAAAUAUAGCAUUUUUAUGUUCAAAUUCGUUAAACAUGCAAAAAACUAUUUAAUUUGCUUAAGAGAAUAAAAAAUUACAGGAAAUCAUUUAAAAUAUCAAUAAAAGCUCAAUUUCAUUAAGCCAAAAAGAACAAUUAGUAUACAACAUUAUUAAAUCAUAAACAAAAACUUUAUCUCCUAAAUAACAUGUGAUUCUAGAUGUAAUAUAUUAAUACUAUCCUAGGAUGUUCUUAAUAUUAGUUAUUAACCUAAUAAUAAAAAAGGAAAUCUAAGCAUCUUAUCCAGCAUUCAAUUUCAAGAUCAAAUAAACACAAAAUUAAACAAAUUAGGAGACAAGAUCUUACUUCUCACAAAUGAAGGAUUUAAAGAUUGUGCUUCGCCAAAGUUUUAAUUCUCUUCCCUUAGUCCUAUAAAACCACUCUAAGAAAUUAAAGACAAAUCUAUAAAAUCACAUAGAUCUUCCUUAAUUUUAGGUUCAUUUUAAAAUACAGAAAAUAAAUCAUAAUAACAAUUUAUUAUCCCAAGAAUUUAAAUUGAAAAGCUUGAAGAUUUGAAAGAAAAGGAUGAUACAGAUUACAAAGAGAUCAAUAAAAAAUAUGGAAGCCUCAAUUCUUAAGAUAAUAAUAAUAAAUCAAACAAUAUGCACACCAAUAAGAAGAAAAACCCUAAAUAAUUAUCUUUAUUCGAAAAACAAUCCUUCUAUGAUCGAAGUACUUUUAUUAAUAUCGGAACAAAUAAUCCCAGGAGCAAAGAAACUAAAGACACAGACAAUAGAAGAAGUGAUUCCUAAAAAUCUAGAGAACGAAAUCAAACAUUUCAUUGUGGAUAGCCUUAAUAAAGUAAAUUUCUUAAAGAAUUAAUGCAAAAAGUUUAUUCUAGAAAUAAUCCAAUCAAAAAACCCUACAAAAUCAGUGAAUUUGAAAAAAAAUAGUUGAGUCUUUUAAGUAAAAUAUAAUUAUAUAAGUAGUUGGAAGGGCUAAAAAAUAAUAAUCGUUACAUAAUUGA